AAUUUCUUGCUUUUUUCGUCUUUUACGCACCCACUUUUCCCUUUUCGUUUCGUAUAAUUCCGACUUCGUUUUAGAAUUUGGAUCGGUUCUUGCUUUUCUGUCUUAUUUCGCGAUUCCAGUGAGCUUUCGAUUGUUCAUGGUCCUGAAUCUUAUCUAUUCCCCUUGUUUGCAUCUCCUUUCUGGUUUAUCUCAGAAAUUAGCCGGCUGUCCAUUGCUCCGAGUCUUUGAAUUUGAUAUGUUCUUCUGAUGAGUAUUCUAUCCAAAUUCUGUAUUAGGAGGGAUAUCGAGCUGUAAGGUUUACGGAUAUGGGAGCCUCGAGUUCUAAAGUAGAGGAAGAUAAGGCCCUACGACUAUGUCGUAUAAGGAAGAAAUUUGUUAAGCAAGCUCUUCAUGGAAGGUGCUCUCUUGCGACGGCCCAUGCUGAAUACAUUCAAUCAUUAAGAUGUACAGGGACUGCUCUCAAAAUAUUUGUACAUCCUGAAGGCCCAGUAGAAUCGCCCCUAUACACUUCGACUAAUGCAACUCCGGAGCCCCUUGCCUUUGCUGAGAAGUCUAUGUCCCAAUUCUCGUUUUCCUCUCCGUCCUUCUCGCAGCGUGUGGAUAUUGGUAACUUUUCUCCCUCACCGUCUCCUCCUACUUCGAGUCGGUUUCAGGCUAAUCAUAUGCAAUUCAGGGGUAGUUUUUCUAACAGAGUUGAAGAAAAAUUGCCCACACCUGUUAUUGGAACUGUAACCUCCUCAGACGUUCGACCAAGUGACGCACCUCAAAAACGGUCAUUUGAAGGUUCUUCUGCACCUCAGGAUGGAACUUGGGAUUACUUUUUUCCUUCAAAUAAUCAUGAAUUUUCCUUCCAAGAUGGGAAUGGUAUUAAUAAUGGAGGGUUUGAGUUUGAGAAUACGGGUGGUUUGAAGCACUUUAAGGAAGAGGAAGGAAAUUCCGAAUAUAGAGAAAGAGAAGAGAAGGGUUCGUUACAUGUAGGGGAGGAAUCUCAACACUCGGAGGACGAGUUUGACGAACCUUCUUCGGAAACUCUGGUGCGAAGUUUUGAAAAUUUUAACAGGGUACACAAUGAUGGAGCAGUGAAUACCUCUCCUACUAUGCAUACUGUGAAAAGUGUAGCUUCGGAGCCCGAGUUAGUGAACCAAGGGAAGAACCACUCUCCUGGUUUAUCACCUUUAAGAACCACGUCUUCGGUAGUUCCAUUUACAUCUGUUUUCGGUAAAGCUACAGCAAAGGAAGACGGUAUUGAGAAUACAGCUGUUCCCAAGGACUUAUUUUCAAGCAUGAAAGAAAUAGAAAGACUCUUUACAAAAGCUUCUGAAUCUGGCAAAGAAGUUCCAAGAAUGCUUGAAGCUAAUAAGUUGCACAUACGGCCAAUUUUUCCCGGGAAAGAAAACCAACCAUUAUCAUCAAGAUUCUUGAAGUCCUGCUUUUCGUGUGGAGAUGACCCAAGCGUUGUUCGUGAAGAGCCGGUUCAAACUGCAACAAAGUACUUGACUUGGCAUAGGACAGCUUCGUCACGCUCCUCUUCAUCCAGGAAUCCUUUGGGAGGAAACUCAAAAGAGGAUGUCGAGGACCACUCCAGCAACUUAUUCGGGAAUUUCUGCAUGAACUCGGGCAGUCAUGCGUCAACCUUGGAUCGGCUAUAUGCAUGGGAAAAGAAGCUCCAUGAUGAAGUCAAGGCAAAUGAGAUGGUCAGGAAAGAGUAUGACCUUAAGUGUAAAAUGCUACGACAUUUAGAAUCGAAGGAAGUCGGUCAGCCAAAGAUUGAUAAAACACGAGCUGUUAUCAAGGAUCUACAUUCCAGAAUCAGGGUCGGACUCCAUAGAAUAGAUUCUAUAUCGAAGAAGAUCGAAGAACUGCGAGACAACGAGCUCCAUCCACAACUCGAGGAGUUGAUUGAAGGGUUAAGUCGGAUGUGGGAAGUGAUGUUCGAUUGCCACAAGCAUCAGCUACAAAUCAUCAAAGCAGUGUCGUACCAUGGCAAAAUGAAAAUCUCAAUGCAGUCCGAGACACAGAGGCACAAUACCAUUUAUCUCGAAACCGAACUCGCGUCGCUAUCAUCAAGUUUUACGAAGUGGAUUGCAGCACAGAAGUCGUAUCUGCAAUCGAUAAACGAAUGGCUUCUCACAUGUGUCUCUAUACCUCAAAAAUCAUCCAGAGGAAAGAAGAGACCACAGCCCCCAUCCAUAAGGAAUUAUGGACCUCCCCCUAUAUACGUCACGUGCGGUGUCUGGUUGGAGAAGAGUAAAGAUUUGCCUACGAAGGACGUCGUAGAUUCGAUAAAGGACUUGGCAGUCGAAACUGCCCGUUUUUUGCCACAUCAAGAGAGAAACCAGGUGAAGGGGAAAGGAGCAAAACAUCUUUCAAUCUUAACAACCUUCAAGGCCGACAAUGACAGUGAAUCAAUGGGCAAUAAUUUGUUACAGGACGACGAAGCGUCGAGGAGCUUGGUAUCUGGGUUCGAUAAUUUCGGAGCAAGCUUGGUCAAGUUUUUCGAAAAUUUGAAUAACUUUGCAGAGUGUUCUGUGAAAAUGUACGGAGAUCUUGGGAAUACCAUCAAAGAUGCUAAGAAUAGGUACGAACAAGGGAAAUCCUAGAAACUCGAAAAAGAACGAUGCAAAAAAGAUGAGUUCCGAGGCGAGGCCAAGCGAGUCGAGACAUAGGAUUUAUAUAUGAGGAACAUAAUAAAAGAAAUUGAAUGGUAAGGUGUUGUUUUUAUGUUGCUGAAAUUGAAGCAGAAAAUAAAGGAGCUCAGCACAUAUAUUAAGAUAGAGGAGAGGUGAAUUGAUGUUGGAAGGUGUAAUUAUAUCACUAUUUUACAUUACCCAUCAAAAUAAGAGUCAUUCAUUAUUAUUAUUAUUA